CUCUCUCUUCCCUCUUCAUGUACAAAGACUAGGCCCCUUUGUUUUUCCAUUACCACCUAAGUCUUCUUAUAUAUAAAAAGAAGUACACCGGUUAGUCGACUUCAUCAGGCAAGUGACUGCAAACUGAGGGAGAGGAGGAGGAAGGGCAUCGUGAUUGUUUGGUGGUGGUCCAAAUGGAGGAACAAGGCGUGGGGGUUGAGAUCACGACAGAGCUCAGGUUGGGCCUCCCGGGCGCGGUGAAGCCGAGCUCGAACAAGAGGGUGUUCUCUGAGAUCUCCGCCGCGGAGGGGAAUGGGUCGACCGGGGAGACGAAGGCUCCAGCGAAGAACCAGGUCGUGGGGUGGCCGCCGGUGUGCUCGUACCGGCAGAGGAAUAGUUUCAGCAAGGAGAAGGUGGACCGGUCCGAGGCAGGGGCGGGCACGAAAGGUUACGUGAAGGUGAGCAUGGACGGAGCGCUCUACCUUAGGAAGAUCGACUUGAGCAUGCAAAAGGGAUACUCUGAUCUAGCAUUUUCUUUGGAGAAGCUCUUUGGUUGCCAUGGCAUUGGCGAGGCUUUGAAUGAAGGGGAAGGAGCUGAGUACAAGCUCAUCUAUGAAGACAAGGAUGGAGAUUGGAUGCUUGUGGGAGAUGUCCCUUGGGAGAUGUUCAUGGAGUCGUGCAGAAGGCUGAGGAUAAUGAAGAAAUCGGAAGCCAAGGACUUUGCGAUGCUGCAGACUAGGGACUUCCUCAAAGGCACCUUGAAAGACGAUAACUGAUGAGGAGAACAAGCUACAAACUUCUGUGAUAUGAAGGAACUUGACAUGAUUCCCCUCAUCUUCGUACGUCUUCAGAUUAGAACAUUAUCUUAAUCAGCUAAUGAAGUGGCCGAAUAUUCGUCGAAUUUAAGGACAACUCCCUUACAUGGGAAUGCUUAACUAGCAGUUUAUGCUUUCAGUUGUUAUUGUCUGUUCAAGAUGAUUAUAUGUGUGCUGAAUAAUUCGCGUAUUGUUACACGUACUAUCUUGCGUAUGGUUAAUAGAC